UCCGGAGGUCUCUCCUACAAAGUUUAUUCGUGCUACCUCCCUUUUGGAUUAUGAAGUGAAAGAAGUAAGAUUUUCUUUGGGAUCAAAGAGUUUUCUUUUGUGAAAUCACGUGCUACUUAAAAAAAAAAAAAAAGAAUAAAUAAAUAUAAUGGCAACAACUGAACAAUUUCCCGAUGCUUCUUAUUAUGGAUCCACGUACCCUCAGUAUGGGGCAAAUUAUUUGGGCAAUCAGUAUGGCUAUAAUCAUGUGCAAUCAAGUCAAUAUAGUGCCAAUGGAUGGAGUCAAUUUUACGGGAGUUGUGAGCAGCAGAAUGGCCAUCUCAAUCAUCCUCAUUACCCAACCAAUGGGCCAAAUUCUUUUUCCCCAACCACUGAGAAGCUUCAAGGGUACGAAGGAUGCGUUCCUCAGGGGAGCAAUGGUGUCAAUGUGAAGGAGGAUAAGCAGCAGGGGAAAACGGAGGAAGCGCCAAGGGUGGAAAAUGACUCCCCCGCACUGAGAGCACUACUCAUGAAGCCUCCAACAAAGACCAAAUACACCCCUCAGUAUUUCUAUUCAACCAUCAGGAAUGUCUCUCCUGUUACCUCAUCAAAUCCCACCUACAACCAGGCGAAGACCUACGAAGAUCCUUAUGCGUUCUAUCGCAAUGAAGGUGGUAGUUUUGGACAAAAUGCGCAGGAAGUGGUGAAUCCUCCAACAAGCUACCCUUCGAGUAUCCUUUCGCCCAAUCGCACGGAGGAUAGUUUGGAUUUGAUGGAUGCCUACAGGACAAAAGUGUCAAGUCAUGGAUACACGAAAGAGGGAUUUGAGUCCAAUACACAAUUCCCCGAGGCAGUAGCAGCCAUCGUGACACCACAGAGUAGCCCUAGUGGAUUUGUCGAAGGGAUCGGAACACCGCCAUUGUCGCCCAAAGAGGCAGGAGCUGUCAAUCAAGGAGAGAAAUCUGCACAAUCAUCCCCCAAUUUGGUGCCACCCUAUUCGUGGAUUCAUUCAGAUACAAAGAAUAAUCCCAAAAGGACACGACAGACAUACACGAGAUACCAAACUCUUGAGCUUGAGAAGGAGUUCCAUUUCAAUAAGUACUUAACACGACGAAGGAGGAUCGAAAUUGCUCAUGCACUGAGCCUAUCGGAGAGGCAGAUAAAGAUUUGGUUCCAGAAUCGACGGAUGAAGGCGAAAAAGGAUCACAGAUCUGAUAGCCCGCAAGGAGUGGAGGACGCCUCAAUGCAAUUCAAUCACUUCCUCAAUUCAACACCCUUCUUCCAUCAAGAUCUCAACCCUGCAGCACUUCCUGUAGCACCCCAAAGUUCCUACCAAUACCCAACGUGAUUAAAAAAAAUCUUUUCUAAAUUAAUCAUAAAUUAUAAUUAAUCAAACAUAUCUAGUUUUAGUAAGAAUGCGUGUGUAUUUUAUUAUAUAUUUUAUUUAAAAAAAGAGCAAAAUGUAGUAUUAGAAAAAUGUUAGUUUUAAGACAAAACCUCCGAAUCAAAAGGCCAAUAAAUUAAGUUAAAGUAAAACCAUUGAAAAAAAAAAGUGUCAAAGAAUAAAAUUCCCCAUCCCUGUGCGAAAAGGAACAAAAGGCAGCCAGCUGGCAGCGUUGCAGGGGUUGCUUUCGGCGAGGGGUAAUACCAUCAAUGGGAUCAAUGGGAUAUUUGGCGAGUGGCUGCCGAAUAUGGCGAUCAUCAUCUGUGAACUUGACUUUUGUUCAAUGCUAUUUACUUUGCGGGGUGGAUUUU